AACACACCCCUUGCUUCGCACAAGUUCAUCAUCGCCAAUCAGAUAAGGUUACAAUCGACCAAGCCAAUCGAGAGCUUUGAAUUGUACAUACUCGGCAUGUCAGGAUGUGCGCGUUCUCUACGCACUCUGUCUGAGCCGCAUGACCACAUUGCGGCCUACGGAGACUCGCUGUUACCCCAUUCUGGCCUCUUUGCGUCUGCAUGCAUCGGUGAGUCCGAGAUGGUCUACUGGUUCCAGAGCGUAUCAUCUCGCACCCCAUACAAGCACUACAAGGAUGACCGUGUCGUGUUAAGAAGGGAGGUUCAACUUCCGCACAGCCGCCGUCAGUGAAUAUGACAGAUCACACUGAAACAUAGAGACUCUGCUCUUGGCGAUUCUACGAAUGACUACGAUGUCUUCGACAUACGCCAGCCACGAUUCGGCUGUUGACCUAACCUACUG